UUAACAUCAUAUUGCAUUAAAUUAAUUUGUAAAUUCAUUAUGGAUAAAGAAACAAUAGAUAUUAGUAGUGAAACUACUGUAACAGAAGAAAAUCAAGAUAAUAAAAAAGAAUCUAUUCAGCAGAGUCUACUUCCAAUUGUUCGAGUUCCAGUUAAGCAUGCAAAUUUAGGAAUAAGAAGUCAUGCAAUGGAUAUGAGUACAAUGGUGGAAUUAACGUCAUUUAGUACUUUAGGCAAGAUUCAACCUUUCCUUGUAACAAUUUCAGCAACCGCAGCUCUUCUUGUCGAUUUACACUGUCAUCUCACGGAUAAAGAAGUUUGUGGAUAUUUAGGGGGACAUUGGGAUAUUAAUGCGCACAAUUUGUCUAUACUCGGAGCUUAUCCUUGUCGAUAUGCUGGCAAAGACAAAACAGCAGCUGCAGCUGUAGAGGCUGAAAUAUCAAGAGCUAUGGAAUGGAAAAGAAUGACUCUGGUUGGUUGGUAUCAUUCUCAUCCUCGUUCUCACGCUUCUCCAUCUUUAAGAGAUGUCGAUGCUCAACUUGACUAUGAAAUUAAAAUGAAAGGACCUAGCGAUAAUGGAUAUACUCCAUGUGUAGGUCUUAUUUGCUCUCCAUAUAAUACAGAUGCAAACUGUUACGAGUCCAAUUUUAAUGUUUUUUGGUCAUUACCACCGCCUGAAAAUAGGCCGCAUGAGUAUCCAAGGCCAAUGCUUCUUAGCUAUACUUUAACACAAGAGCAAUAUAUAUCACAAGAUGCGCUUGAAGAAAUUAAAAAGUGUAUUGAAUAUUACAAAUUCGAGGGAGGAAUAGAUUUUACCUCUAAAUUUAAUGGUAACAUGACAUAUCUAGAGAGACUAAAGAACUCUUUAGCGUCAAAGCUUCCAGGGCGUAAUAAUAGGACAAAUGGUUCUUAUUGGGAUCUAAUAAAGGAAAUGAUCGCACCUGGUUAUGAUGAUGGCUCCGAUUCACCAUUCGUAAAUAUGAAGUUUCCUUUAAUAAAUGAUCCUAUUUUACAAGCAACUGGCAUAGCUCCAGCUGCCAAUGUGUUUCUUACUCCUGUUAAUUUUAAACCUGAAAAUUCAAUCUCAGCUGUUCAAAAAGCAUAUGCAAUGCAACAACAACAACAACAACAACAACAACAACAACAACAAGGAAACAUAUCAGACAGCAACAAUCACAUUAAAGAUACCACUCCUUCAAAACAAUCCUCUCAUAUAAUUAGUACCCCAGAUAGUAUUCCUACCUUCCGGACCGGUGAAUUAACAGUUUCUUUAAAAAAUGCAAAGAAUGAUUAUGAUUACAGUCCAACAGACUUCACUAAAAUAGAAUCUAUGAAGGGCCGAAGUGAUUAUCCACUUGCUGAACUAUCCCAACCUAUGAAAUUUCCAGAUCUCUCAAAACUAACCAGUUUUUCACCAGCCGAACUUGCAAAAUUGACUGGUUUUUCACUAAAUGAUUUUACAAAAGCCGCAUCCUCGUCAGCUUACGUUCGCAAUAUCGCCAGUUUAUUCGGGCCUCUUAACAAAGGUAUAGUCGACCCGUCUGAGAACAAUGAUAGGAGAUCGAACGAUUUUCCAGAUAUCAUGACUCCUUUUAAGCCUUCAACGGCCUCCUCACCGUCACCUAAGGAAUCCAGUCGCAUAACAAAUAUCAGUUUGGAAGAUUACUCAUCGACUGAAAAGAAAAAAUCAUUAGAAGCGAUGGAUACAUCAAGCAGUUUUUCAGGUACCGAGGACCUAUCGAUAUUGAACUCAAAAUCUGAUUUUGGUGCUAUGAUCGAUAUGACGACAAAGAAGCAGCAGCAUCAACACUCAGUCGACUCUGGAGACUCUCUGAACUUGUCGAAGGAUCGGCAAUAGCAAAGCUAAGUGAAUGCCAAAGUCCGAUUUUACCGACCCUUCGAUUUGUAAAACCGCAUUGUUAUUAUUCAUAAAAAUUUGCACUUAUACGAUAUUAUGAAAUAGUC